GGCGGCGGGAGGGGAGCGGCGCUCCCGGCAACAUGGCGGCGCGCGGGGCGGGCAGCGCCUGAGCCCGGCGCCUCUCGGUCCGCGGGGGUUUCCCCCCGGCCCCGGCCUCGGCCUCGGCCUCCUCUUCUUCCUCCUCCUCCUCCUCCUUCUCCUCCUCCUCCUCGUGCCCCGCUCCCCGGCGCGGCCAUGGAGAGCGAGGAGGAGCAGCACAUGACCACGCUGCUCUGCAUGGGCUUCUCGGACGCGGCCGCCAUCCGCAAGGCCCUGCGCCUGGCCAAGAACGACAUCAAUGAGGCCGUGGCGCUGCUCACCAACGAGCGGCCCGGCCUCCACUACGGCGGCUACGAGCCCAUGGAGAGCGGGCAGGGCCCGCCGGGCGGGCACGGCUCCCCCGCCGGCGGGCAGGGCCCCCGCGGCGGCGACGGGGACGGCGGCGGCGGCGGGGGCGGCUUCGACCCUCCGCCCGCCUACCACGAAGUGGUGGAGACCGAGAAAAAUGAUGAAAAUGGGAAUUGCUCUGGUGAAGGGAUUGAGUUCCCAACAACCAACUUGUAUGAACUGGAGAGCAGAGUUCUGACAGAUCACUGGUCCAUACCCUACAAGCGGGAGGAGUCUCUAGGCAAGUGCCUAAUUGCAUCCACCUACCUGGCAAGACUGGGUCUUUCUGAUUCUGAUGAGAAUUGCAAGAGGUUUAUGGACAGAUGCAUGCCUGAAGCAUUUAAAAAGCUGUUGACAUCCAGUGCUGUUCACAAGUGGGGAACUGAAAUCCAUGAAGGAAUCUACAACAUGCUCAUGCUGCUGGUGGACCUGGUUGCAGAAAGAGUAAAACAAGAUCCUAUCCCCGUGGGCCUGCUUGGUGUGCUUACAAUGGCAUUUAAUCCAGACAAUGAAUAUCAUUUCAAGAAUCGAAUGAAGGUGUGCCAGAGAAACUGGGCAGAAGUCUUUGGGGAGGGGAACAUGCAUGCUGUCUCACCCAUAUCCACUUUUCAGAAGGAACCUCAUGGGUGGCUGGUGGAUCUAGUAAACAGGUUUGCAGAGUUGGGUGGAUUUUCAGCAAUUCAGUCCAAACUCAAUUCUGAAGAUAUUGAACUUGGGGCAAUCUCUGCAUUAGUUCAGCCAUUUGGAGUUUGUGCAGAAUAUCUUAACUCUUCUGUAGUACAGCCCAUGCUGGAUCCAGUCAUUCAUAAAAUGAUUAAAUAUGUACAGAAUGUAGAAGAGAAGGACUUGAAAGACAAGAGACUGGUGAGUAUCCCUGAGCUCUUGUCUGGGAUCAAACUGCUGUGUAUGCGCUUCCAGCCUGACCUGGUGACGGCGGUCGAUGACUUGCGGCUGGACAUUCUGCUGCGCAUGUUGAAAUCCCCCCACUUCAGUGCAAAAAUGAAUUCCCUCAAAGAAGUAACAAAAUUAAUAGAAGACAGCACAGUGUCCAAGUCAGUGAAGAAUGCAAUAGACACAGACCGACUGCUAAAUUGGCUCGUGGAGAAUUCAGUCCUGUCAAUUGCUCUGGAAGGUAAUAUAGAUCAAGCUCAAUACUGUGAUCGUAUAAAGGGAAUUAUUGAACUGCUGGGCAGUAAAUUAUCUUUAGAUGAGCUCACUAAAAUUUGGAGAAUUCAGUCAGGACAAUCCUCCACUGUGAUUGAGAACAUACAUACCAUUAUUGCUGCAGCUGCUGUGAAGUUUAGCUCUGAUCAGCUCAAUCAUUUAUUUGUUCUAAUCCAAAAGAGCUGGGAGACAGAGAGUGACCGAGUGAGGCAGAAGCUGCUGAGCCUCAUUGGGCGCAUUGGCCGAGAAGCACGAGUGGAAACAACCACUGGCAAGGUUCUGGAGGUGCUUUGGGAUCUGGCUCAUCUUCCAACGUUACCGUGUAGUCUUAUCCAGCAGGCCUUGGAGGAACACCUGACAAUCCUCAGUGAUGCUUAUGCAGUGAAAGAGGCAAUCAAAAGGAGCUACAUCAUCAAAUGCAUAGAGGAUAUUAAGAGGAAAAUGAAGCCUCCCAGAAAAGUGAUGAGCAGUUCUAAAAAUGAGUCAUCCCAGCACAAUAAUCCUCAGUUUGUGUGGGUGGUGCCAGCCUUGCGUCAGCUCCAUGAAAUCACACGUUCAUUUAUUAAGCAAACUUACCAAAAACAAGACAAGAGCAUUAUUCAAGAUUUAAAGAAAAACUUUGAAAUAGUGAAGUUGGUGACAGGAAGCUUGAUAUCCUGUCACCGUUUGGCUGCAUCUGUGGCAGGCCCAGGAGGGCUGGUGGGAGCAACACUGGUGGAUGGCCGGUACACUUACCGGGAGUAUUUGGAGGCACAUCUAAAAUUUUUGGCGUUUUUUCUGCAAGAAGCCACCCUUUAUUUGGGCUGGAAUCGUGCCAGGGAGAUCUGGGAAUGCCUUGUAACUGGCCAAGAUGUUUGUGAGCUGGAUCGAGAGAUGUGCUUUGAGUGGUUUACAAAAGGGCAGCAUGAUCUGGAGAGUGAUGUGCAGCAACAGCUCUUCAAGGAGAAAAUUCUUAAACUGGAAUCAUAUGAAAUUACUAUGAAUGGUUUUAGUUUAUUUAAGACAUUCUUUGAAAAUGUGAACCUGUGUGACCAUCGACUGAAGAGACAAGGAACUCAACUGAGCGUAGAAAAACUGGAAUUAAUAGGAAUGGAUUUCAUUUGGAAGAUUGCAAUGGAGUCACCAGAUGAAGAAAUUGCCAAUGAAGCUAUUCAACUGAUAAUAAAUUAUAGCUAUAUUAAUCUAACUCCCAGAUUGAAAAAGGAUUCAGUAUCACUGCACAAGAAAUUCAUUGCUGAUUGCUACACACGAUUAGAGGCAGCCAGCUCUGCACUCGGCGGUCCAACAUUAACACAUGCUGUCACAAGAGCUACAAAAAUGCUUACAGCAACUGCCAUGCCUACAGUGGCAACAUCAGUUCAGUCUCCUUACAGGUCAACUAAACUUGUAAUAAUUGAGAGACUGCUGCUGUUGGCAGAGCGCUAUGUGAUAACAAUAGAGGACCUUUACUCUGUUCCCCGAACUAUUCUACCUCAUGGUGCCUCUUUCCAUGGACAUCUUUUAACCCUUAAUGUUACAUAUGAGUCUACCAAAGAUACCUUCACCAUAGAGGCUCAUAGCAAUGAAACUGUAGGAAGCGUCAGGUGGAAGAUUGCAAAGAUGUUGAAUUCACCUGUGGAAAAUAUACAGAUAUUUGCCAAUGACAGCCUGCUAACAGUAAACAAAGAUCAGAAGCUACUCCACCAGCUGGGUUUCUCUGAUGAACAAAUCAUUACCGUAAAAACAUCAGGAAGUGGGACUCCAUCAGGGACCUCUGCAGAUUCCUCAACCAGUUCCAGCAACAGCAGCAGUGUAUUUAGUUCAUCCUAUGCAAUGGAACAGGAGAAAUCCCUCCCUGGAGUCGUCAUGGCUCUCGUGUGUAACGUGUUUGAUAUGCUUUACCAGCUUGCCAACCUGGAGGAGCCAAGGAUAACACUGCGAGUGAGGAAACUCCUGCUCCUGAUUCCCACUGACCCAGCUAUUCAGGAGGCUCUUGAUCAGCUUGAUUCCCUGGGAAGGAAGAAAACACUGCUUUCAGAAUCCAGUUCUCAGUCUUCAAAAUCCCCAUCCUUGUCUUCAAAACACCAACAUCAGCCCAGUGCCAGUUCAAUAUUAGAAAGUCUUUUCAGAUCUUUUGCUCCAGGCAUGUCCACAUUCAGAGUGCUCUACAAUUUAGAGGUGCUGAGCUCCAAGCUGAUGCCAACUGCAGAUGAUGAAAUGGCAAGAAACUGUGCCAAGUCUUUCUGUGAAAACUUCCUCAGAGCAGGAGGUUUGAGUUUGGUGGUGAAUGUGAUGCAGAGAGAUUCCAUCCCAUCAGAGGUGGACUAUGAAACAAGACAAGGAGUCUAUUCCAUCUGCCUGCAGCUUGCAAGGUUCUUGCUGGUUGGGCAGACCAUGCCCACGCUGCUGGAUGAGGAUUUCAUCAAGGAUGGGGUGGAAGCUCUGUCCUCGCGGCCCUUCCGCAACGUGAGCCGGCAGGCCAGCAGGCAGAUGUCCAUCUGUGGAACUCCUGAGAAGUCCUCCUACCGCCAGCUCUCUGUGUCUGACAGAUCCUCCAUCAGGGUAGAAGAAAUCAUCCCAGCUGCAAGAGUUGCCAUACAGACCAUGGAGGUGAAUGAUUUCACCUCCACAGUGGCUUGUUUCAUGCGCCUCUCGUGGGCUGCUGCUGCAGGACGCCUGGACCUCGUGGGAAGCAGUCAGCCCAUCAAAGAGAGCAACACUCUCUUUCCUGCUGGGAUUAGAAACAGACUUAGCAGCUCAGGAAGUAACUGCAGUUCAGGAAGCGAAGGGGAGCCCACGGCACUGCACGCUGGGAUCUGUGUGAGGCAGCAGUCUGUGUCCACCAAAGAUGCUCUCAUUGCUGGGGAAGCCUUGUCUCUCCUAGUAACCUGCCUUCAGCUACGUAGUCAGCAGCUAGGAUCUUUUUACAAUUUGCCUUGUGUUGCUGAUUUCAUCAUUGAUAUUCUGCUUGGAUCACCAAGUGCUGAGAUUCGUCGCGUUGCCUGUGACCAGUUAUACACCCUUAGCCAGACAGACACCUCAGCUCACCCAGAUGUACAAAAGCCAAACCAGUUCCUCCUGAGUGUUGUUCUGGGGGCCCAGCUGCCUCUUUGGUCACCAACCAGCAUCAUGAGAGGAAUCAACCAGAGACUUUUGUCCCAGUGUACAGAAUAUUUUGAUCUGAGAUGCCAGUUACUGGAUGACCUGACAUCAUCAGAAAUGGAGCAGCUGAAGAUAAGCCCAGCUGCCAUGCUGGAAGAUGAGAUCACUUGGCUGGACAACUUUGAGCCCAACCGCACGGCAGAGUGUGAGACUAGUGAGGCUGACAACAUCCUGUUAGCAGGACACUUGAGGCUCAUCAAGACUCUCCUUUCACUCUGUGGGGCAGAGAAGGAAAUGGUUGGUUCAUCUUUGAUUAAGCCAUUGUUGGAUGAUUUCCUGUUCCGAGCAUCCAGGAUUAUUCUGAACAGCCAUUCCCCAGCAGGCAGUGCUGCAAUCAGUCAGCAAGACUUCCAUCCAAAGUGCAGUACAGCAGACAGCAGAUUAGCUGCUUAUGAAGUGCUGGUAAUGCUGGCUGAUAGCUCACCCUCCAAUCUUCAGCUUAUUACAAAGGAGCUGCUUUCUAUGCACCACCAGUGUGACCCUGCACUCACCAAGGAGUUUGAUUACCUUCCACCAGUGGACAGUCGCUCCAUUUCUGGAUUUGUGGGACUGAAGAAUGGUGGUGCUACUUGUUACAUGAAUGCUGUUUUCCAGCAGCUGUAUAUGCAGCCUGGUCUCCCAGAGGCCUUGCUUUCUAUUGAUGAUGAUACAGACAAUCCUGAUGACAAUGUGUUCUAUCAAGUUCAAUCUCUUUUUGGUCAUUUGAUGGAAAGCAAGCUGCAGUAUUAUGUACCUGAGAACUUUUGGAAGAUUUUCAAGAUGUGGAAUAAGGAACUUUAUGUUAGAGAGCAACAGGAUGCUUAUGAGUUCUUCACCAGUCUUAUAGAUCAAAUGGAUGAGUACCUCAAGAAAAUAGGAAGAGACCAAAUAUUUAAGAACACUUUUCAAGGAAUCUUCUCUGAUCAGAAGAUCUGCAAGGACUGUCCUCACAGGUAUGAGCGUGAGGAAGCCUUCAUGGCUCUCAACCUUGGUGUGACUUCAUGUCAAAGCCUGGAAAUAUCACUGGAUCAGUUUGUUAGAGGAGAAGUUCUGGAAGGAAGCAAUGCAUACUACUGUGAAAAGUGCAAAGAAAAGAGAACUACAGUGAAGCGAACCUGCAUUAAGGUCUUACCAAGCCUGCUGGUGAUUCACCUGAUGAGAUUUGGCUUUGACUGGGAGAGUGGCCGUUCUAUUAAAUAUGAUGAACAAAUAAGGUUUCCCUGGAUGCUGAACAUGGAACCUUACACUGUGUCAGGGAUGGCUCGUCAGGACUCGUCCUCAGAAGUGGGGGAAAAUGGCAGGAACACAGACCAGGGAGGAGGAGGCUCCCCAAGGAAGAAAGUUGCCCCUACAGAGAACUACGAGCUGGUUGGUGUGAUUGUCCACAGUGGCCAGGCUCAUGCAGGACACUACUACUCCUUCAUCAAGGACAGGAGAGGAUGUGGAAAAGGAAAGUGGUAUAAAUUUAAUGACACUGUUGUUGAAGAAUUUGAUUUGACUGAUGAAACCCUGGAAUAUGAAUGUUUUGGUGGAGAGUAUAGACCUAAAGUCUACGAUCAAUCAAACCCCUACCCCGACGUGCGCCGGCGCUACUGGAAUGCCUACAUGCUGUUCUACCAGAGGGUGUCGGAGCAGAACUCCCCUGUGCUGCCAAAGAAAAGCAGAGUCAGUGUCGUGCGACAGGAGGCUGAGGACCUCUCCUUAUCUGCUCCCUCUUCACCAGAAAUUUCACCCCAGUCAUCACCUCGACCCCACAGGCCCAACAGUGACCGUCUCUCCAUCCUGACUAAGCUGGUUCGAAAAGGAGAAAAAAAGGGGCUCUUUGUGGAGAAAAUGCCUGUGAGAAUAUACCAGAUGGUGAGAGAUGAAAACUUGAAGUUUAUGAAGAACAGAGAUGUAUACAGUAGCGACUACUUCAGUUUUGUGCUGUCAUUAGCCUCCCUGAAUGCUACUAAGGUAAAGCAUCCCUAUUAUCCCUGCAUGGCAAAGGUGAGCUUACAGCUGGCAGUCCAAUUCCUCUUCCAAACCUAUCUGCGAACCAAGAAGAAACUCAGGGCUGAUACAGAAGAAUGGAUUGCCACCAUAGAUGCACUGCUCUCCAAAAGCAUUGAUGCUUGUCAGUGGUUGGUUGAGUAUUUCGUUGGGCCAGAGGGCCGGGAGCUUGUAAAGACUUUCCUCCUGGAAUGCAGUGUGAGGGAGGUGAGAGUUGCUGUGGCCACAAUCCUUGAAAAAACCCUCGACAGUGCCUUGCUUUAUCAGGAGAAGUUAAAAACUCUACAUCAGUUACUGGAGGUGCUACUUGCUCUACUGGAUAAAGAUGUACCUGAAAACUGUAAAAACUGUGCUCAGUACUUUUUGCUAUUCAAUAACUUUGUACAGAAGCAGGGAAUAAGGGCUAGCAGUCUUCUCCUCAGACACUCUGCUCUGAGACACAUGGUCAACUUCCUCCUUGGCCCCAACAGGCAGAGCAACCAGAACCGCAGGUGGAGUUCAGCACAGGCACGUGAGUUUGGAUAUCUCCACAACACUGUAGCACUACUUGUCUUGCACUCUGAUGUCUCCUCACAAAGAAAUAUUGCUCCUGGUCUCUUUAAGCAGCGUCCACCUCUCAGCAUCACCGCUUCAGGGCCACUUCUGGCACUCCAUGAAGAAGUGGAAGCCUUACUAUUCCUGUCUGAGGGAAAACCCUACUUAAUGGAGGUGAUGCACGCGCUGCGGGAGCUGACGGGGUCGCUGUCGGUGCUCAUGGAGAUGGUGGUGUACUGCUGCUUCUGCAAUGAGCACUUCUCCUUCACUGUGCUGCACUUCAUCAAGACUCAACUGGAAACUGCUCCACCUCAUGAACUGAAAAACAUAUUCCAGUUACUCCAUGAGAUCCUGGUUAUUGAAGACCCAUUACAAGUAGAGCGCAUCAAAUUUGCCUUUGAAACUGAAAAUGGAUUAAUAGCCCUGAUGCACCACAGCAACCACGUGGACAGCAGCCGUUGCUACCAGUGUGUCAAGUUCUUGGUUACUCUGGCUCAGAAGUGCCCUACUGCAAAAGAUUACUUCAAGGAGAAUUCACACCACUGGAGUUGGGCUGUGCAGUGGCUACAGAAAAAGAUGUCUGAACAUUACUGGGCUCCCCAGAGCAACGUGUCCAAUGAAACAUCCACUGCAAAAACCUUCCAGCGCACUAUUUCAGCACAGGACACUCUGGCCUAUGCCACAGCCCUGCUGAAUGAGAAGGAUCAGUCUGGAAGCAGCAAUGGGUCAGAAAGCAGCCCUGCCAAUGAGAAUGGAGAGAGGCACCUGCAGCAGGGCUCAGAGUCUCCUAUGAUGAUUGGGGAGCCUAAAAGUGACCUUGAUGAUGUUGACCCUUAGAGGAGAUCCCUGUGAACACAGAACCCAACUCAAACAUUCAAUGCCUGGUACCUGCUGGAGCUGGAGUCGUGUUGCUUAUGCCAUUGGAAGUCUGGGGGAGCAGUGGCUUUACAGGACCAGAGGAGAUGCUGGAGGAGGUUGUUUCCCUGAAAGAUAAAAGCAUUUUUUAGCCCUGAAGGCUUCAGAUCAACAAAUGCUCUAGAAAACUGCAUCUUCACCUGCAGUAGCUUGUGACAGUCUAAAACACCGAAACCAAGUUUGUCAAGAAGAUUUUAUCAAAUACACAAACGCUAGUGGUUGAAUUUUUAUGUGAACAUUAAAUGAGUGAAUGUAAAACUGUUGCUUUUCUGUGAUGCUGCAAAAAAAAAAUUCUUUUGGUUUUUAUACAGGAAAAAAAAAAAAGAAACAGACUGCCCUUAUGUAUGGAGGGCAAAUUUUUAAUCUUUCUGAUAAUAUUGAAUAGAAAUAUUCAAAUUUCUGUAAAGAUGUGUGAUGACUUACAUUUCAUUGUAAAAUAUUAGUUAAAGAAUGGGUUUACAUAAGGACUUCUGUAUUUAAUAUGUCUCCCUGCUAAUUUGUAAAGCUUGUGAUGAGAAAGAUCAGCAGGAUUGCUCUGUAAGAAGAGUGAUUCCUUACAGAAUGAUUUGGUAAAAGAGCUCUGGAAUGAGUCAUCUUUCCCAGUAUCUUUCCAAAAAUCCUUCAGACAGCUGGGAAGGGCAGUAAAAGACAAGCUUUGUUCUCUAGGUAUGCAAGCAUUUAUUAUUUAGGGAUGUUGGUGAAUUAAAAAAAAAAAAAAAAAAAAAGUUAAUGAGUAGUUUGAAAGAAAAAAGCACUUUAAGAAGGAAUUUUGUUGCAGUUUUACUCAUUAAAUUUUUUUAACCUUUGGAGACAUAUUGAAUAAAAUGUAGUCUCAGUCAUGGAUCUGCAAUCCACUUGCUUAUGCUUUGAAAUUACUGAGAAAGUUGGUAUUGGUUGUAUAUGAUGAAUAAUUCCUUGAGUGAGCUGGGAACACUGUUGUUUAUAGCAAUUUUAACACAGGGAAAGAAAGAAUUGGCUUUGUUUGUAUUUUCACUUGACCAGGCAACAUUUAAAAUAUCACAGCUCUUUUAAUUUGCUCACAAAUAACUGGAAACCAGUUGGGAUGAUUUGAGCACAGUUUUGUUUUCUAUGUCAAGUGCAGUUCAGUGAUUUCUGGCUCUGGAUUCAAGCUUCUUUUGUGCCAACUAACUUCAUCUUUUGUACAUUUUGUGUUUGUCACAUUUUCUGCACUGCUUUUUGCCUUUAUUUAUGGAUUCUGCCUUACUUUAAAAAAAUUAUAUAAACAAACAUGCACAGAAAUGGGGGACAUCUUAAGGAGUGCCUGGGUACCUCCAGAACAGACAAAUUUGCCAAGUUAAAGGCACAACCAGCCAAAAAGUGCCUUUUUUUUGUUUCUUUUCACACACUGCUGCCAAAACACAGAGCAGCAGACAGCUUUUCACUGUUGUGCACUAAUAUUGAAAGUAACCAGUCAUUUCACUGUUGGAAGUAACCAUGGGAUGUGAUGUCAGCUGUACAGCUUUGUAACUUAUUGCGGGGUAGCAGAGCCGGCGUCACGGAUUGCAGGGGGCACCGAGUGAAUCUCUCACUUUCCUUUUCCAAACAAUGUCUUCACAGACACAGGGCAGAGUUAGCAUUUUAUAAAUGUUUCUGAUGAUGUGCUGGGACAUUUUAAAUGUGACACAUUUCAAAUUAAUUUUGAAACUAAUAAUUUCUUACGGACACCCCCUUCCUUCCUUUCCUUUCCCCACCCCCAAAUGCUUUGGUAAUGGGUCACAAAUCUUCCCAAGGUCAGUACACAGUGGUGAUGGUGAUGGGAGAAGCUGGUCAUGUUCCUAUGGGUUGGCACCAUUGUCACUUCAGGUUCCUGUUAUUUCCUAUGGAAACAACAUCCUCGAUAGCUGCAGGCCCAGGGAAGCAUUGGUGGGAGUUGCAUCAGGAUGGCUUCAUCACCACUGUGUGCUUGAAACCAAUACAAACUUUUUCACAGUUCUGCUCAUGCUUGUACAAAGUCAGUGGUUAUAAUUUGCAAUAAGAUAAUACUUGGUCACUUAUUUUUGUUUCCAGCUGCUGUCAUUUGAACCUGCUGAAGAUUAUUUUUUGGAAAAUAGAGUUCAAGAAAAAAAAAAAAAAACUCAAAAAAAACCACCUAGUUUUUGUGUAAAUUGUGAUGCAUUUAUAUGUUGUAAUUUUUACUGCCAAUCUUUUUGGAUGAAAAUGUUUUUAUACAGCUUACAAAAUGUUCAGUGAGGAGCAGCCACAGCCUGCCUGUGAGCACUCGGGGAGAUAUUGUCCAAUUAAUGCAUAGACAUUUGGCACUGGAAAAAUAGGCAGUCUUGAUGAACAGUCUUGGGAUUCCUGGUCAAUGGAAUAAAGUUAUUCCUUUCACAGAAAACUAG